GAAUCAGAAUGAUACAUUAAACCAAAUUGUUUGCAAUUUGUUAAAACACAUACCGUGUAGAUUAUGGGUAAUAUCGUAGCACCUAGAAAGUCAGCAUCAUCUUGGGGGCAAGAACAAAAUUCAUGGAUUAUCUUCUCAAAAGUUGAAGGACUAAAAGUAACUGGAAACGGGAAUCUAGACGCUAAAGGGGCUGAUUGGUGGAACUCUUGCCCAUCUACCUUGAGAUUUCAAAGUUGUUCUUUCCUUGAUGUGAGCGGAUUGACCUCAAUUGAUAGCGGACGAAACCAUAUUUCUAUAGAUAAUUGCAGCCAUGGAACUUUCAGUUCCAUAACUUUGAUUGCCCCAGAUGAAAGCCCAAAUACUGAUGGCAUUGAUAUUGCCAAUUCAAACAACAUUGAAAUUAUGAAUAGCAACAUCACGACGGGUGAUGAUUGUAUUGCAAUUAACAGUGGUUCCUCUUAUAUCAAUAUAACGAAGUUGAGCUGUGGCCCUGGCCAUGGCAUAAGUGUUGGAAGCUUAGGUAAAAAUGGAGAAAAAGCUGAAGUAGAAGAAAUACAUGUAAAAAAUUGUAGUUUUUAUGGAACAAUGAAUGGAGCAAGGAUCAAAACAUGGCAGGGAGGAAGUGGAUAUGCUAGAAAGAUAUCAUUUGAGGAAAUUCAAGUCUUCGAUUCUUUCAAUCCCAUCCUUAUCGAUCAGUAUUAUUGUCCUAAAAAACCAUGUACUUCUCAGAGUGCUUCUGCGGUUCAAAUAAGCGACGUUACGUUCAAAGGCUUUCGGGGAACAUCUGAUAAAGCAGAAGUAAUUAAAUUAAGCUGUAGCCAAACAGUAAGUUGCACCAAUAUUUUGGUAGAGGAUGUCGACUUAAGAUCAACUGAGGCAGGCAAGGGAGCCUAUUCUUCUUGUAUCAAUGCUCAUGGAAGGAGUUCUCAGUCUGCUCCUCCAGUUGACUGCUUGUUACCCUAAGCCCAUCUGUUUGAUUCAAUUAUAUGUAUCCCAAACGUUUAAAAUAAUGGUCAAAAUAAUUACUUUUUUUAAUU